CCUCGUGUCAUCUGUACAGAUCCUCGCGCGCUUCCUUGUUUCGGACCAAUUGCGGGACGGGCUGAAGCCACGGAGGAGGGGGUGGUCUCCGGUAUCCGGUUCUUUCCGUAAUCCUGCGCUGGUGGAAUUUUAAAUCCAUUUCUCCAGCGGGAUCUGCUCAGUGGUGAUUGUUUUCUGGAACUGCUACACUGAGUUGUUCUUUAGAACGCUUAAUUGUUGCAUUGUAACGUGCGCAGAGCGUUAAAUCGAUACAUUAUCGCACUUGCAGUUUAUAGAACGUUAACUUCAGCGGAAUGACGAUAGCGUGUGUGUAGAACGUUGAGUGGUUACAUUGUAGCUCUCGCAGAAUGAGCGUUUCGGAGCGUUUCACUGUUUAACUGUAACAGUGCAGAAGUGAGCAGAGCAGAUCCAGUGUAAAUAUUCAACGAAUGAUAGAGGAGGAGUCGGUGCACGACAUUAAAAGGGAUGUGAACCGAGAGCAAAGAGCUUCGGACUCGGUUUAAAGCGCGCGCUCACUGUGUUCUCAGUUUUGCUGGAAGUCCUGCUGCUUUAUUAUGAAGAGUGAUCUCUCGUAACAGGAUUUGGGCAUUGUCGAUCGGAUUAUGAGUGAUCAUCCAUGCAAAGUGACGCGAGAUUGACUUAGUUUCAGAUUUUAAGGGGAUUUAUUUCUGUUCUCUUCCACCCGUUCGGAGGCAUAUAGGAUGCGCCCAGAAAGCAACGAGAACACUGCUAGAGCAGCCAGCGGGACACCCGAUUCGGAAGAAUUGACCACUGAACCGCAGGCUGGACAUACUGAACAUCUUGCAGUGGAGCACAAAGAGACACAGGAGUAUGAGGAACCGGAGGGUAAGCUCGCCCCGGAGGACAGCACGAUGCAGCUGAUACAAACCGGCUGCCCCGACAAGCGUCCGGCGACACCGCCCAGCGCACACCCUGGACAGGGGUUCGUUCCCCCGGAGGGGGGCUUCGGCUGGGUCGUGGUGUUUGCUGCAACGUGGUGCAACGGCUCAAUUUUCGGCAUCCAGAACUCAUUCGGGAUUCUGCACAUGAUGCUGGUGAAAGACCAUCAGGAACUGACGGACCAGGCGUCUCAGUUUAAAGUGGCAUGGGUUGGUGCUUUGGCGAUGGGUAUGAUAUUCUUCUGCUCUCCGGUGGUCAGUAUGUUCACCGAUCACUUCGGAUGCCGGAAGACGGCCGUCUGCGGAGCGUUUGUGGCCAGCCUCGGUCUUCUCACCAGUUCCUUUGCAACGACUCUGGGUCUUCGAUACUUCACAUACGGGAUACUGUUCGGCUGCGGAUCCUCGUUUGCAUUCCAGCCAUCGCUGGUGAUCCUGGGGCAUUAUUUCCGACAAAGACUGGGUUUGGCCAACGGCGUGGUGACGGCAGGCAGCAGCCUCUUUUCUAUGGGGCUCCCCGUGCUGCUCAAGAAAGUGGUGGGACCGCUGGGCCUCUCCAGAACCUUCCAGAUCCUCAGCAUCUUCAUGCUGGUCCAGUCACUGCUGGCCCUCACCUUCAAACCACUCAUGCCCAGUGGGAUGUGCCCGAUGCCAGGCAUGGGACUGGACGGAGGCCCCCCGUCUGGCCUGGAGUCGGCGAGCAGGUGGCAGAAGGGCCUGGCCAAAAUCAGGAAGUACUUUAACGUGCGAGUGUUUGGUGUGCUGACCUAUCGGGUUUGGGCUUUCGGUGUCGCCACAGCAGUGCUGGGAUACUUUGUUCCCUAUGUGCAUCUGAUGAACUUUGUGAAGGAGCAGUUUGGAGACACUCAGAGGGAAUGGGUGCUGCUCGUGUGUAUCGGAGCGUCGUCUGGAGUCGGUCGACUGCUGUUUGGGAAGAUCGGAGAUCUCAUACCUGGGGUAAAGAAAAUCUACAUGCAGGUGGCAUCGUUCAUAUUACUGGGUCUGAUGUCAAUGAUGAUACCUAACUGCGCCAAGUUCGAAGGUCUGGUGGUGGUUUUCAUAUUGAUGGGUCUUUGUGAUGGCUGUUUCAUCACUAUCAUGGCCCCCAUCGCCUUCGAUUUAGUAGGGCCCAUGCAGGCGUCUCAAGCUAUCGGCUACCUCCUCGGCCUCAUGGCUAUACCAAUGACAGCGGGACCCCCGAUCGCAGGACUUCUUCAUGACUAUUUUGGAAACUAUCAUGUGGCGUUUUAUCUGGCUGGUGUUCCUCCAAUAGUGGGGGGUAUUGUGAUGUUUUUUGUACCUCUGGUGCACCAGCGCAUGCAGCGACGACUAAAGGAGGCCAAAGAUCCCAGCAUGGACAAGAUGUUGAAGAACUGCUCUAAUGGAGACAUGCUGCCCGGAUACACAGACAUGGAGACACACAUAUGAAGCCCACAGCCUCACAAAGGGAUUUAUCUCACCAGCACUGCUUGUGAGUGUGUGUCAGGAUGGUGUGUGAUGUAUUUCCUCUUUGCUUGGCUCUAAUCAAACUCGAGGUCUCAAGGGUUUCCCCCCUGCUCGUUUGCUGUUCUGGAGAGGAGACAUGAUCAUCCAUCAAGAGCCCAAACCCUCCUCCAGUGGCCCGCGCUGCCAUUCCAUCGGCUCAGGAGUGAUUGAACAACUUCUGCAUGCGGAUUUAGGAUAUUUCCAGUUUCUCACAAGAAUCUGAUCGGACGGCUCAGGUAGCGCAGGAGCCGUCAGUUAAAUUAGGACAGCGAACGUUUUAGCACCUUUAUAAAGGAAACAUUAAUUUAAUGUGAGAGAGUAGCAUUUCCAGCACAGAGAAAAGUGCUGUUUUCAUUGAGCUUAAUAGUUUAUUGUCUAGAUUAUGCAAAUCAGAUCUGUAAGAUAAGGUGUUUUAAUAAUAAGAUUUAAA